AUGCAUUCAGAUUCAAUUCAUAUUUCUCCAUUAGAACAUAAGUUCGGUUGUAAGGUCGAUUUACCAAAGUACUGUAAUAAUGAUCCUAUCAAUUUAAAUGAUGAUGAUUUUAAACAAUUAUUUGAAGCUGUUCAUAAAUAUUUAGUCGUUGUUAUUCCAGGAUUAGAAGAGUUAGCUCCAAAAUCCCAAUAUUUGUUAACCAAAAGAUUUGAUCCAUCUAUUCCAGAACCAAAAGCUGAAGGCUUUGCAGGUUAUGGUCAUGGUAAAGAGUUCAGACACGAACAAAGUGUUUUAAGAAAAGAUGGUACUACUGUCAAAUCACAACCUCAAGUUCAAAUUUUAGGUCAAGGUGUUUUCGAAGCUGAUGAACCUGGUAAUGAAAACGGUGAACAAAUUUCAUUAACCCAUCCAUCACAUACCAGUUUCCACAAAUCCCCUUUGACUGAGGAUCAAAUUAAAAAUGAACAUAAAACAAGAUAUUACAGAUGGCACAUCGAUUCAGCCUUAUACGAAUUAUCACCACCAAUGGUCACAACUUUAUUAGGUAUUAAAGUUCCACCAUUGACUAAAACCAACACCAUUUCAUAUGGUGAUAAUGAAGAUCCAUCUAAGGAAACUACCAAAGAAGUCGCUCAAGGUGCCACUUGUUUCGUCAGUGGAGCUGAAGCAUUUAAAAGAUUAAGUGACGAAGAAAAGGAAUUUGCUUUAAAUACCACCAUUGAAUAUGCACCACAUCCAUAUAUUUUCAUUUCUCCUGCCAAAGCUACAGCUGACGGUUUGACUAUGGUUAGUGAGGGUAAAGAACUUCCUUUCGAUAAAUUACCUGAAUGGGAACAAUCAAAGGUUAAAUUCUUACCAAUGGUUUGGACUAACCCUGUUACCAAGGAACAUCAUUUACAAAUCCACGGAUGUUGUCUUUUCAAACUUCACACUAAAUUAAAUGGUGAAACCACCACUUUAACUUUGGAACAAAGUAGAGAAAAGGUCCACUCUUUAAUGAGACCAGCUAUUGAACCAGAAAAUGUUUUGGCUCAUGGAUGGAAUCAAGGUGAUUUAGUUAUUUUCUUCAACAGAGGUGUUUGGCAUUCUGUCACUGGUGAAUUCAAAGGUGUUAAUCAAGGAGCUGAUGAAAAGAGAUUGAUGCACCAAUGUAAUAUUGCUAGUGGAGCUGAUCCAAAAACCAUCUUUUAA